AGCCUCCGCCGCCUCAGCUUCCCGAGCGAGCCCUGCGGCCGCCGGAGCAGCUCCCGCGGCGGAGCAGGAGCCGGAUGGUCAGAGGAGCCCGGCAGCCCCAGCAGCCGAGGAGUCGCCUGGCCCCCAGACUGACUGGCACGGUGGAGAAACCACCUCGAAAACGGAAAAGCAGGACUGAAUUUGCUCUUAAAGAAAUCAUGUCCUCUGGAGGUGCUGAAGAUGAUAUCCCACAGGGAGAGAGGAAAACAGUUACAGAUUUUUGUUACCUUCUGGAUAAAUCUAAGCAACUGUUCAAUGGAUUAAGAGAUUUGCCCCAAUAUGGGCAGAAGCAGUGGCAGUCCUAUUUUGGAAGAACUUUCGAUGUUUACACCAAACUCUGGAAGUUCCAGCAGCAGCAUCGACAAGUCUUGGAUAAUCGGUAUGGCUUGAAGCGGUGGCAAAUAGGGGAAAUUGCUUCUAAGAUUGGGCAGCUAUACUACCAUUAUUACCUGCGCACAUCUGAGACCAGCUAUCUGAAUGAGGCUUUCUCCUUCUAUUCUGCAAUCAGACAGAGAUCAUAUUAUUCUCAAGUCAAUAAAGAGGACAGACCUGAGUUGGUUGUUAAGAAGCUUCGAUACUAUGCAAGAUUUAUCGUAGUUUGUCUUCUUCUCAACAAAAUGGAUGUUGUGAAGGAUUUGGUGAAGGAAUUAUCAGAUGAAAUCGAAGAUUAUACUCACCGCUUUAAUACUGAAGAUCAAGUGGAAUGGAACUUGGUGCUUCAAGAAGUAGCAGCUUUCAUUGAGGCGGACCCUGUAAUGGUAUUGAAUGAUGAUAAUACCAUUGUUAUCACAUCUAAUCGCCUUGCUGAAACAGGGGCACCGUUGCUGGAACAGGGCAUGAUCGUGGGACAGUUGUCUCUGGCCGAUGCACUCAUUAUUGGUAAUUGUAAUAACCAGGUUAAGUUUAGUGAGCUGACUGUUGACAUGUUCCGGAUGUUACAAGCCCUGGAAAGGGAGCCAAUGAAUUUAGCUUCACAGAUGAAUAAACCAGGAAUGCAGGAAUCAGCUGAUAAACCUACCAGACGAGAAAACCCCCACAAGUAUCUGCUCUACAAACCAACCUUCAGCCAACUAUACACGUUCUUAGCAGCAUCUUUUAAGGAGCUGCCCGCCAAUAGCGUACUCCUGAUUUACCUGUCAGCCACUGGCGUUUUCCCCACAGGUCGUUCUGAUAGUGAAGGUCCUUACGAUUUUGGCGGAGUACUCACUAAUAGUAACCGGGAUAUUAUUAAUGGAGAUGCCAUCCACAAACGAAAUCAGUCCCACAAGGAAAUGCACUGCCUUCAUCCUGGAGACCUCUAUCCUUUCACGAGGAAGCCUCUGUUUAUCAUUGUGGAUUCAUCCAACAGCGUCGCGUACAAGAAUUUCACAAACUUAUUUGGCCAGCCACUAGUCUGCUUGCUUUCUCCUACAGCGUAUCCAAAGGCUUUACAAGAUCAAUCUCAACGAGGUAGCCUCUUCACUCUCUUUUUGAACAAUCCUCUAAUGGCCUUCCUAUUUGUCUCUGGAUUGUCAAGCAUGCGCAGAGGCCUAUGGGAAAAGUGUCAAGAAUAUCUUCGAAAAAUCAACCGCGAUAUUGCCCAGCUACUGACCCAUUCACGUUCAAUAGAUCAGGCAUUUCUCCAGUUUUUUGGAGAUGAGUUUCUUCGCUUGCUUCUCACAAGAUUUAUCUUUUGUUCAGCCACCAUGAGGAUGCACAAGAUUUUUCGGGAAACACGAAAUUAUCCAGAAUCAUAUCCACAACUGCCGAGGGAUGAAACAGUGGAGAACCCUCAUCUCCAGAAGCACAUUCUGGAAUUAGCGUCCAUUCUGGAUGUUCGAAACGUGUUCCUCGAGAGUACCAUAGAUGACUAUUAAAACAAAACCCCUCUUGUUGAAA